AUGUUGGGAAAUGGGGUUCUGGGGAUUCUUUCAGAAUCUACAAACAAGUGGGAAAGAAGGGUUCCUCUGACCCCAUCCCACUGUGCGAAAUUGUUGCAUGGAGGGAGAGGCAAAACAGGUGUGGCCCGGAUCAUUGUGCAGCCAUCCACAAAGCGGAUUCACCAUGAUACACUUUAUGAAGAUGUUGGAUGUGAAAUUUCUGAGGAUCUUUCUGAGUGUGGACUCAUUUUGGGUGUAAAGCAACCCAAGUUGGAUAUGAUUCUUCCUGACAGAGCUUAUGCGUUUUUCUCGCAUACUCACAAGGCGCAAAGGGAAAACAUGCCUUUGCUUGAUAAGAUUCUCUCUGAGAGAGCAUCUUUGUUUGAUUAUGAGCUUAUAGUUGGAGAACAUGGCAAGAGACUACUAGCAUUUGGGAAAUUUGCUGGUAGAGCAGGAAUGAUUGAUUUUCUACAUGGAUUAGGACAAAGAUAUCUCAAUCUUGGAUAUUCGACUCCUUUCCUUUCUCUGGGAAGAUCGUAUAUGUAUUCUUCAUUAGCUGCAGCAAAGGCUGCUGUGAUUUCAGUUGGUGAAGAGAUUUCUAGCAUGGGGCUUCCACCAGGAAUAUGUCCUAUAGUUUUUGUAUUUACUGGCUCAGGAAAUGUCUCACAGGGAGCGCAAGAGAUUUUCAAACUUCUGCCUCACUCUUUUGUGGAUCCUUCCAAACUUCCUGAACUAUAUACAAAGGGUGAAGAUCUUCGACGUCCUGCAAAGAGAGCCUUUAAAAUUUAUGGUUCUGUUGUAACUUCUAAUGACAUGGUGGAGCCUAAGGACAAAUUGAAGCCCUUUGACAAGGCUGAUUAUUAUGCACAUCCAGAGCACUACAUUCCUGUUUUCCAUGACAAGAUUGCUCCUUAUGCAUCUGUAAUAGUUAACUGCAUGUACUGGGAGAAAAGGUUCCCACAGUUAUUAUCAACCGAGCAGCUAAAAGAGCUAAAGAUGAAAGGUUGUCCACUUGUUGGAAUCUGUGACAUAACCUGUGAUAUCGGUGGCUCCGUGGAGAUUGUUAACAAGACCACGUCCAUUGAUUUUCCUUUCUUCAGAUAUAAUCCUUUGAACAACACUUCCCAUGAUGAUCUGGAGGGAGACGGGGUGAUUUGCUCUGCUGUUGACAUUCUACCGACUGAGUUCGCGAAAGAGGCAUCACAACAUUUUGGCGACAUUCUUUCCCAGUUCAUUGGGAGCUUGAUUAGCAUUUCCAAUGUUGAGGAUUUGCCUAUGCAUUUGAAAAGAUCUUGCAUUGUGUUUGAGGGAGCACUAACUCCGUUAUAUGGAUAUAUUCCUCGAAUGAGGAACUCCGAUAUUGAUGAUGCUUCAAUUAAUCUAGGGAAAGUCAUCCCUGAGAAGAAAAAAUAUACUGUCUUGGUAUCUUUGAGUGGUCAUUUGUUUGAUCAAUUUCUUAUAAAUGAAGCACUAGAUAUUAUUGAAGCAGCUGGUGGCUCCUUUCACUUGGUUAAAUGUCAAGUAGGCCAAAGCACGGAUGCUAUGUCUUAUUCAGAACUUGAGGUUGGAGCAGACGAUAAAGAAGUCCUUGAUAAAAUCAUUGACUCUUUAACCUCUAUUUCUAAAUUACGUGAAGAUACCGGAGUUAUUGAUAUGACAAAGCAUAUGAUAUCUCUGAAGGUUGGUAAACUAGAGAAGGGUAGCAUAGAGAAAGGGACUGACAUGAAGAAGAGGAAUGUUAUCCUUAUCUUAGGUGCUGGCCGAGUUUGUCGACCGGCUGUCGAGUUCUUAACAUCAAUUGGGAGUAAUGCAUCUCUGCACCAAGUUUUGAGGUCUUGCAUUGAUGCUGAAUUUCAAGAACAAAAUAGUAUUGAAGUGAUUGUUGGUUCUCUUUACCUCAAGGAUGCAGAAAAGAUUACAGAGGGCAUCAUGAAUGCUACAGCUAUUCAGCUUGACAUAAAGAAUCAUCAAAGUCUUCAUUCUAACAUUGGACAGGUUGACGUUGUAAUUAGUUUUCUUCCACCGAGUUGCCAUAACAUCAUUGCAACUGUUUGCAUUGAGCUGGAAAAACAUCUUGUCACUGCUAGUUAUGUUGACGAGUGCAUGUCAAAGCUAGAUGAACCAGCAAAGAAUGCAGGCAUCACUAUUCUCGGUGAAAUGGGCUUAGAUCCUGGAAUUGAUCACAUGAUGGCAAUGAAGAUGAUAAACCAAGCACAUUUAAGAAAUGGGAGGAUCAAGUCAUUUACUUCUUACUGUGGUGGUCUUCCAUCUCCAGAAGCAGCAAACAAUCCUCUAGCUUAUAAAUUCAGUUGGAAUCCAGCCGGAGCCAUUCGAGCCGGGCGUAAUCCAGCCACAUACAAGUAUCAUGGAGAAAUUGUGCACGUCGAUGGUGAGCAGCUGUAUGAUUCUGCCGCAAGGUUUAGGAUACCUGAUCUUCCGGCUUUUGCACUCGAAUGUCUUCCCAACCGUAAUUCCUUAAUUUAUGGAGAACUGUACGGGAUAGCAAAUGAAGCAUCAACCAUUUUCCGUGGGACUCUACGCUACGAAGGUUUCAGUGCAGUGAUGGCGACACUUGCAAAGCUUGGAUUCUUCAAUACGGAAUCUCUGAGUAGUCUUAACAUUGGAGAAAGACCCACUCACCAUAAAAUUUUACUUGAACUUUUAAGGCAAAAUACUGAUAAGUCCGAUGGACUCUCUGCGGAUGAAAAAGGUAUCACAGAAAGAAUUGCUGCACUUGGAGUUUGCAAGGAUGGAGAAACUGCCGUACGGACAGCCAAGACCAUCAUUUUUCUGGGAUAUCAUGAGCCAACAGAGGUUUCACCAUCUUGUGGAAGUAUUUUUGAUGUCACCUGCCUCCGCAUGGAAGAAGCUUUAGCUUAUUCAGACAAAGAAGAGGAUAUGGUGCUUCUGUACCACGAAGUAGAAGUUGAUUUCCCAAAUGGUCAACCUACCGAAAACAAUAAGGCAACUCUAUUGGAAUUUGGAAAGACCAAGGAUGGGAGAAACACCACAGCGAUGGCUUUCACUGUUGGGAUCCCAGCUGCAGUUGGAGCUCUGCUCCUGCUCACAAACAAGAUCCAAGUGAACGGGGUUUUAAGGCCAAUUAUUCCAGAAGUUUACUUACCAGCCCUAGAUAUUUUGGAGGCAUAUGGUUUCAGGUUGAUGGAGAAGAUGGAGUAG